AAAUUGUUUGUCAAAUACCAACGCUUGAAUAUUAAUUUAUAGUUUACCAAUUGUUUACAACAAUUUAUAAUUAUGGGCGAUACUGAGGAAAAGCAUUGGACGCCUGCACUGACAAUGAAACUAAUAGAAGAAUCCGAGAAAAGGCAAUGUCUUUGGUCCAGAGAAGAUCCCGAAUACAAAAACAAAACAUUAAAACAAAUAGCAUACGAAGAAGUAGCGGAAAUCGUAGACAUGCCAUGCGAAUCAGUAAAGGAAAAGUUACGAAAUUUACGUAUAAACUUUUGGCAAGUACACAAAAAGAACGUAAAAAUGGGCAGUAGUGCAUUCCCACCAAAGUGGGAAUAUUACAAACCACUACUUUUUUUGGCCGAGUCAAUAUUUCCAUAUUCAAAAGCGUCAACAUGGUCUACACCUAAACCCCGAAAUAGAAAUCGGAGUAGGAAUACAAGAAGUUCGCGUAUAUCAUCAAUUUUAAGAGAAUCGAAACGAAGAAAAGUUGCCGUACAGGAAUAUAAACAAGAAAUACCAGAAAUAUGUUUAGAUCCACUCUUCGAUGGAUGCACCAGCACCGUAUCGACGGCUAACAAUGUGAAAGAUACACACAUAGAACCCACAAACAAUGGAAACGUUAAAGAAACACAUGAGAAGUUUGGUGAAUAUGUAGCGUUCAACCUGAAUAAUCUUGAAGAUGUGCAAUUAAUAAAGAAAACAAAAGCUAAAAUACAACUUAUAUUAUCGGAGGCGUUGAGAGAACGCGCUCUGUCUGAAUUGGCUGAAAGUGAAUCAAAUGUACAAUUUUAAUAAGAUUUAAUUAAGUUUUUUGUUAAUAUAGUAAUUUAGAAUUGAUGAAAAUCUAUUUAUUGUAAGAGUCACCCACUGGGGGUUAACAGCCCCCACGAUGAAGUUGGUGGCAUCUAAGUAAUAUGGACAUAAACGCAGUAUUAAUAUUAAGUUCUUUUUUAAAAAGAAAAUAUUUCUAAG